GUUGGACGUCAGGAUCAGGAAAAUAUUAACAAUCCUCUUAUUGAUGACCCUAUGUUAUCCAAUAGAUUUGAAAAUAUACAUGGAGUUCCGAUCAAUGAAGAUGAUAAUGGAGUUCCUUUGAUUGAUACACAAAACGCUGGCUUACCUAUAUUUGAAACGCAACACUCUGAUAUACAUUUCGGCAAUAGAAACAAUCUUGGAGUGCCUUUGGUAAAUAUGGACAAUAGAGUGGAAAAUAAAGAUAUUCCACUGGGCAAUAUGAAUAUCGAUAUGGGGAGUCAUGGUUUAAAUCCAGUCGAUAUGAACGGCGCAAAUAUUCCUUUGAUAGAUAGGGACAAUGUAGGUGUUCUUUUGACCAAUAAAAACGAUGCAGGCGUUCCGUUGAUCGAUUCAAACAAUGUGAAUGUUCCAUUGAACAAUAAUGAAGGUGCUCCAUUGAAUGAUUUAAACAAUGUAGGUGUUCCAUUAGGGGAGUUAAACAAUGCAGGCGUUCCAUUGGACUAUGAAAAUAAUGCGGAUGUUUCAUUGGGCAAUGAGAAUAAUGCAGGUGUUCCGAUGGAUGAUAGAAAUAAUGCAGGUGUUCAAUUGGGUGAUUUGGAUAAUGCAGGUGUUCCAUUGCAAGGCAAUAGAAACACUGUUCCAUUAGUCAACAAGGACACUGCUGGUGUUCCCUUGGCCGAUAUGAACAGCCCUGGUGUUCCUUUAGGUCCGGAUGUACUGGACAACAAUGGUAUUCCAUUGGUGGAUAUGGACGAGCCUGGUGUUCCAUUGGUUGAUAUGAGUAACCCGAAUGAUCAUUUGUCGAAUAGUGCUCGAGAAGAGUACCCUUGGAUGGGUCAUGAUUAUGAUACCUUUAAUGACUAUUAUUACGAUGACACGUACAUGUAUAAUGAAAACGAAACGUUCCCAAAAGACAACAGCGGAAAUCAUCAAGACAGUGGUAAUGCAAACCAAGGCAGCCGGAUUGGGAAAUAUGCACAAACUCAGAAUUCAAUGGCGAGAGAACUUGACGGCACAGAUGGAGGAGAUCCUUUAGAUGCUGAAUCUAUACAAGAUGAUCUUAAAAAGGUCGCCAGGAAUGAUCAAAAUGGCGAAGUUCCUUUUAUAGAUACAGCCAUGAUGGACAUUCCACCUAUGGUUGGUCACAAAACAAUGAGAAAGGAACACUCGUCGAACUUAUUUACAAUUGAUUAUCGUCUACAACACAAUACGAUUGGACCUACGUUAGCUACGGAUAACCUUGAAAAGAAUGCACAUAGUGAUACAAAUAAGCACAAUGGUGAUAUCCCACUGCCAAAUUCUAACAAAAUUGCCAAUGUUAAUCCUGCAUUUAGCAAACUUGGAAAUGACAAACAUAAUUCUCAAAGCAGAGAUGCCCCAUUACAUAAUACAAACAAGAUCAAGCAGAGUGGUUUAAAUGAUGAUUUGUCCAUAAAAUCAAAUGUGAUGGCUCUUGGCUCUUACUCGGAUACUAAAUUUGAAAACGACGACAGUUAUGAUGACAAUAUUAAGUCAAUGAUACAACAUGGCAACGAUCUCAGAGUAUCAGACACUCAAAGAAGUCAAGGGACGGACAACAAUGAUGUGAUUGCAACACAUGGUAAUGCAAUUGAUCUUCCACCAAUGGUGAGUGGAGAUAAGUUGAUGACAAAUACCAAAAAUAGCCACAAAGAAAGAUUAGAUAAUACAUAUCAUCGCAACAGUGAUAAUGGCGUUCCCUUGAUAAACCAAAACAAUCCAGAUGUUCCGUUGGUGAAUAAUGCUGAUCAUAACUCUGACAUUGGCGUUCCACUGAUAGAUCCAAACGACCCAGAUGCUACGUUUGUCAAUAAUGCUGGCGUUCCAUUGAUGGCUAAUUCUGAUAUUGGAGUUCCCCUGAUAAACCCAAGCAACCCGGAUGCUUCAUUUGUAAAUGAUGCUGGCGUUCCAUUAAUGCAAAAUCCUGACAUUGGCGUUCCCCUGAUAAAUCUAAACAAUCCAGAUGCUUCAAGUAACCAUGGCAUUCGAUUGAUGCCUAAUUCUGACAUUGGAGUUCCCCUGAUAAAUCUAAACGAUGAUCAGUUCAAAAACAAUGCUGGCGUUCCAUCGAUGCCUUAUUCUGACAUUGACGUUCCCUUGAUAAAUCCAAACAACCCAGAUGAAGAUGGCGUUGGCGUUCCCCUAAUAAGCAGAGGCAAUCCUGACCCUUUAUUGAUAAAUAAUGCUGACGUUCCAUUGUUGCCUAAUGUUGGAAUUCGCGUAUCCCUUAUGAAUCCAAAUAAUCCAGAUGCUUCAUUGGAACAAGAUGUUGACACUCCAUUGAAGCCAAAUUCUGAUAUCGUCAUCCCCUUGAUAAAUUCAAACAAUCCUGAUAUUUCGUUGGAACAAAAUGUUGACACUCCAUCGAUGCCUAAUUUUGACCUGGGCGUUCCCAUGAUAAAUUCAAACAAUCUAGAUACUCCAAUGAAUAACAAUGUUGACACUCCAGCAAUGCCAAAUUUUGACAUUGGCAUUCCCUUGAUAAAUUCAAACGAUCUAGAUGAUCCAUUUAAUAACAAUUUUGACACUCCAUCAAUACCAAAUUUUGACAUUGGCGUUCCCUUGAUAAAUUCAAACAAUCUAGAUGCUCCAUUGAAAAAUAAUGUUGUCACUCCAUCGAUGCCAAAUUUUGACCUUGAUGUUCCCUUGAUAAAUUCAAACAAUCCAAUUGCUCCAUUGAGAAACAAUGUUGACACUCCAUCGAUGCAAAAUUUUGACCUUGGCGUUCGCUUGAUAAAUCCAAACAAUCAAGAUGCUCCAUUGAAAAACAAUGUUGACUCUCCAUUGAUACCUAAUUUUGACCUGGGAAUUCCCUUGAUAAAUUCAAACAAUCCAGGUGCUCAAUUGAUAAACAAUGCUGACACUCCAUCGAUGCCAAAUUUUGACCUAGGCGUUCCCUUGAUUGAUCCAAACAAUCCAGGUGCUCCAUUGAAAAACAAUGUUAACACCCCAUACAUGCCAAAUUUUGACCUAGGCGUUCGCUUGAUAGAUCCAAACAACCAAGAUGCUCUAUCGAAAAACAAUGUUGACACUCCAUCGAUGCCAAAUUUUGACCUUGGCGUUCCCUUGAUAGAUCCAAACAAUCAAGAUGCUCCAAUGAAAAACAAUGUUGACACUCCAUCAAUGACAAAUUUUGACACUGGCGUCCCAUUAAUAAAUCCAAACAAUCCAGACGCUUCUUUGGAAAGGAAUGUUUACGCUCCACUGCUACCUAAUUUCGAUCUUGGACUUCCGUUGAUAAAUCAAGAUUCUUCCUUGGAAAACAAUGUUGACGUUCCAGUGAUGCCGAAUUUUGAAACUGGCGUCCCCUUGGUAAAUCCAAACAAUCCAGACGUUUCAUUGGAAAGCAAUUUUGACACUCCAUCAAUGACAAAUUUUGACCUUGGCGUUCCCUUGAUAAAUUCAAACAAUCUAGAUACUUCAUUGAAAAACAAUUUUGACACUCCAUCAAUGCCAAAUUUUGACCUUGGCGUUCCCUUGAUAAAUUCAAACAAUCUAGAUGCUCCAAUAAAUAACAAUUUUGACACUCCAACAAUGCCAAAUUUUGAUCUUGGUGUUCCCUUGAUAAAUCCAAACAAUCCAGAUAAUUCAUUGGCAAAAAAUGUUGACGCUCAAUUGAUGCCGAAUUUUGACACUGGCGUCCCAUUGAUAAAUCCAAUCAAUCCAGACGCUUCUUUGGAAAGCAAUGUUGACGCUCCACUGCUACCUAAUUUUGAUCUUGGAGUUCCUUUCAUAAAUCAGAAAAAUCAAGAUUCUUCCUGGGAAAACAAUGUUGACGUUCCAGUGAUGCCGAAUUUUGAAAUUGGCAUCCCCUUGAUAAAUCCAAUUAAUCCAGAUGCCUCAUUGGCAAAAAAUGUUGACACUCCAUUGAUGGCGAAUUUUGACACUGGCGUCCCAUUGAUAAAUCCAAUCAAUCCAGACGCUUCUUUGGAAAGCAAUGUUGACGCUCCACUGCUACCUAAUUUCGAUCUUGGAGUUCCUUUGAUAAAUCAGAAAAAUAAAGUUUCUUCUUUGAAAAACAAUGUUGAUGUUCCAGUGAUGCCGAAUUUUGACACUGGCGUCCCAUUGAUAAAUCCAAACAAUCCAGACGCUUCUUCGGAAAGCAAUGUUGACGCUCCACUGCUACCUAAUUUCGAUCUUGGAGUUCCUUUGAUAAAUCAGAAAAAUAAAGUUUCUUCUUUGAAAAACAAUGUUGAUGUUCCAGUGAUGCCGAAUUUUGACACUGGCGUCCCAUUGAUAAAUCCAAACAAUCCAGACGCUUCAUUGGAAAGCAAUGUUGACGCUCCAUUGCUGCCUAAUUUCGAUCUUAGAGUUCCUUUGAUAAAUCCAAACAAUGCAGAUCCAUUAUUGGAAAACAAUGUUGACGAUGUCGGUGUACCUUUAGUCAGCAAUAGUGAUGUUGAAGCACCUAUUGUAAAUGAAAAUGAUGUAAGAGUACCGCUGGUGAAAACAAAUCACCCUGCAACUGUACCACUGUCAAAUAUUGAACCUUUCACAGAUUCUCGAGAUAUUAAUACCCACUCUCCACUGGCCAGCAAUGAUGAUGAUCAAUUUAUUGGUGGCCAUGACGUCCCAUUGGUUCGAAGCGAUGGUGUUCUUUUGGUAGGAGAUGAUGGCGUUCCGAUGAUUAAUACAGAUGGCGUUCCAUUGGUAAGCAACGAUAGCGUCCAAUUAGUAAGUGGGGGUAAAACCCCAUCUACAGGCGGGGACAAUGUGCCAUUAGUUAAUGGCGAUGGCGUACCACUUAUUGGUAAUGAUGACGUCCCAUUUGUUGGUGGUGAUGAAGAUGGCGUCCCAUUACAUGAUGCAGAGUCCUUGUAUGAUUAUUGGGAACGACAGUUAUCCAUAUUUGGCGAUUAUGAUGCAUAUGAAGAUUAUGGGGCCAUAUUCAAUAAUUUUCCUGGAGACACUAACAUUUUGGAUAAUUUGAAGCAGAAGGAAAAUCUUCCUAAAAUAACAGAUACUGUACUUACAGAUGAAACUCGCCCCGGCGACAAUUCUGUUAUCAUUUCAGAGGAGAAAAAGGACAAAGGAUCACAGGUCGAUGAAGCCGGUGAUACAUUAGAUGGUGGUAGCAUUAUCAACACAGAGCUUGGUGGUUCCUUCAUAGCAAAGCAAAAAAUACAUUUACCAUCUAUAUUUCCAAACAUUCAUCCACCGGAUAAAAAUAAAAAGUCUAUUCAUCCGAAUUUUGCUCAGUCCACCCUGGACACUCGGACAGAAACUGGUGAAACAAUGACCUCUACUGAGAGUUCUUCGGUCUUACAAAUGACAUUUCCAGAUGUGAAUAGUAUUGAAAACAUCGAUAACACUAAAAUUGAGCCAUCUGUAGAUAGGGAUGAUAUUGUGAAAGAUUCGAUUGUAAACAAACAUGACGUUAAUGAUACCGGAGACAAUUCAUUUGUAGAUAUUGAUACUGGAUUUAGAGCCACGCCUGUCAAUAAAGUUGAUGGAGAGAAUAAAAUAGAAAAUGAGGGAUUCGCUGUGGAAUCACAAGAUAAAAACAUUGCAAAUAAGAAAAAAGUCAAAAAUGAAACAACCAUCAUGGAACAUUUGACAAAUGUGACUUCAAUUGUUAACGAGCCCCUUGAUAAGAAUGUUGAAAUUGUGUCAGAUAUUCUAUUCGAGACGGUUGAAAGACUCGAUAACAAAACAAAUGUGAAGCCUAUGCUUAAAAAGAUAGUAGACAACAGAACAUUAGAUGACCUGAUUGUAAAGAUAACUGAAAAUGAGGAAACCAAAGAAAAAGACCUUCAAGUAGAAGUGGAUGUACAUAAUCUUAUAGAAAACAACACUGAUGUACAGCGGGAAGUUCUAAAACGUAUCGAACUCAUCUUAACAUCGACAAUGUCACCUCUCUCAACAAUAUCAACAAGUAAAAAUAAUUUUAAUUCGAAUCAUCAAAACGAUGAUGGGAACUUGAUAGCUGCAACCAAGAAAAG